CUUGAGUCUUGACCUCAACCUCAUCCUCCAUCUCUCAACACUCAACCAACAGCUCUCUAUUCACUCUCUAUCGCUCCUAUAACACCCUGAUAAUUAUGACGACUCGUUACCGCGUUGAUGAUGCUCUUAAGUCGCAUCGUCGCGACCAGUUGAUAGAAUGGAUCAAAGGCCUUUUGGCUGUUCCAUUUGUCCUGCAUUCACAACCUACGGCUGUCUACCAAGAGCACGGCGAGAAUCUGGUCGCCAUUGCGGCGGAUACCCACCAACGUUAUGCGGAGAUCUUCCGGGAUGUUGAGAACCUCAUGCGCGAUCAUAUUCACCACCAACAAACAGGAGCCCCCGGUAAAUCAAAGCUCAAUCUCCUCGUGCCAACUGUAGGCUCCUUCUUUACGCCCCUGCCCCUCGAAGACGCCUUCAAAUACCAGGACAGCCAGCGGUUCAUCAGCCGACGUCGCUUCGUUGCCCCGUCCUUCAAUGACAUCCGCCUCAUCCUCAACUCGGCUCAGCUCCUGGGUCUCUUUCGCACCUCCGGCGUCGACCUGGUGACCUUCGACGGAGACGUCACCCUCUACGAUGACGGCGCUUGCCUCACCGACGACAAUCCCGUUAUACCCCGCCUCAUCCGUAUCCUCCAGCAAGGCCGCAAAAUCGGCAUCGUCACCGCCGCCGGCUACACCGAAGCACCCAAGUAUUACGAACGUCUAAAGGGUCUUCUCGACGCUGUCCACAACUCCGACGUCCUCACCCCGGCCAACCGCGACGGUCUCGUGGUCAUGGGCGGUGAAAGCAACUUCCUCUUCCGCUACGACCACGCCUCUCCGCAUAAGCUUACCUACGUCCCCCGUGAACAAUGGCUUCUCGAUGAGAUGCACGCCUGGCAAGACGCGGAUAUCACACAGCUUCUGGACAUCGCCGAAUCGUCCCUCCGCGCUUGCGCCAAGAAUCUGAAUCUCCCCGUCGCGGUAUUGAGAAAGGAUCGUGCCGUCGGCGUUUAUCCCCUCGACCGGACAAGGGUUACUCGAGAACAAUGGGAGGAGACGGUCUUGGUUGUCCAAAACACUGUUGAGCGAUCAGUCGUCGGCACUCGAUUGCCCUUUUGUGCAUUCAAUGGUAUUUUCCGCGUCUACGCCCUACACCCCCGGGUCUCGGCUUCUUACACUUCAGACCUGGCUAACAUCAAUCGUAAAGGUGGAAAUGACGUCUUCGUCGACAUUGGCGAUAAAUCCUGGGGUGUGCGCGCUUGUCAACAGUAUUUCGGCGGCAUCGACCGUUCCCGCACUCUCCACAUCGGUGACCAGUUCUUGUCCGCUGGUGCCAAUGAUUUUAAGGCACGCCUGGCUUCGACAACGGCCUGGAUCGCGAAUCCGGCUGAAACGGUGCAGCUUUUGGAUGAGUUGGCAAUUAUUGAGAAAUAAUUUGCCUUUAUUCAUUACAUAAGUUUUCGUUUUCUCUUCUCUUUCUCUAUGGAGUUUGCCUUAUAACUAUUACGAUUUACUAGUUUUGUUGUCGUUGUUGGUUGG